AUGGAUCAUGAAGAUGAAUCAAUCGGUCAUCUCAAACAAUUGAGUAGCAAUGAAAAUAUAUCACUUAGCGAUAUCAGUGAAGUUUACAAAAUUCUUCUGGAACAAUUUAAGACAUUAGGAAGUGAACAUUUACAUCUGAUUAAGACAUCAGUAGAAUGCUCAGCAGUGGUUAACAUGAUGAAAAAAUCUGAUUUAUAUUCGCCUCAAGGGCGACAUCGAUUUCAAGAAUUACGAGACAAUUUCACCACGCAGUUUCAAUUACAAGAACGAAAUAAUAUGAUUCUCAAUUCAUUAAUUAUUACUCAUAUAUUAUGCGAACCAUUUAUUACUCAAACAAAAACUCUGCCAGAAUUUGUUGAUCGUCUUGCCCAUUUACGCAAUUUCGAAGAAAGUUCAUUGAAACAUAUGAGAGUUAUCAAUGAAAAUAUACAAACUGUUAAUAUGUGGCUAUCAGCAGAAGAGACUUCAGCAUUGGACAAUGCUCUCGUUACGAUGGAACAUUUAUAUAAAACAGGCAUUGUUACUAUACGACUGGGACGUUUGAUGAAUGAACCAUCCUAUUUUCAGAUUGAAUAUUCAAUUGUUAAAAUGAAAACAUCGAUAAAUACUGAAAAUUUCGAUGAAGAAGUCGAGCAAGAAGAUAGACCACACGAUGCGAAAUCAGCCAAAUUUAUUUUGUCUAUGACUGAUAUCAAUGAUCAUAAACGUCAACUUACAUUUUGUAAUGUCGAUCUACCAUCGAAUAUGUCUCAUAAAAAAGUUUUACUGAGCGAACAACUUCGAUUAUUGGAGAUUGUUGAGAAAAUCUAUUCAAUGUUUGUCAAACUAGAAAUUGCUGGUCAUCCAGAUUAUCAACUUAGAGAUGAGCAAUACAAUAUCCACGAUAAGACAAGUAUGAAUAUAGCUUGA